GUGACGGACCCCGAGCCGACUGCGGCCGGGGGACCCCUGCCCGCCCUCCGCCUCGCCCGCUGGGCUGUGGAGCUAGCGCGUGUCCCCUCGCCGGCCUCCGCGUCCCCCCUGUGUCCCUUACUCGUGGCGGGGCUCGGCUCGUGGCCUCUCAGUCGAGCUCUUUUCCACGCGACUCCGCGGACCGGCUGGGCUUCUCCCUGCCCCUCCAAGGCCUGAGGCCGUGGUUCAAAAAUGGCUGGGCGCCCAUGGCCUCGCAUCAAGGUUACUGACUUUCCAUGAUGUUUGGUGGUUAUGAGACCAUAGAAGCAUAUGAAGAUGACCUUUAUCGUGAAGAGUCAUCUAGUGAACUGAGUGUUGAUAGUGAGGUGGAAUUUCAGCUCUACAGCCAAGUUCAUUAUGCCCAAGAUCUUGAUAAUGUCAUCAAAGAGGAAGAACAUGAAGAGAAGAACUCUGGGAAUUCUGAAUCAUUCAAUAGUAAACCAAAUCAGAAGAACUUAAUUAUCCUUUCAGAUAGUGAGGUCAUCCAGCUAUCAGAUGGGUCAGAGGUCAUCACACUGUCUGAUGAAGAUAGUAUUUAUAAAUGUAAAAGAAAGAAUUUUAGAGUCCAUGCAGAAGAAAGGACCCAAGGUCCUCCUGCUUUUCGUCAUUCUAAUGAGUUGGCAGAUAAGAAAUGCAAGAGGGAUAUUGAGAAGACUAAACCUGGAGAGAGAUCAGGUACAAUCCAAGAGGUCAUGAUUAUAGAGGUCAGUUCAAGUGAAGAGGAAGAGAGCACCAUUUCAGAAAGCGAUAAUGUGGAAAGCUGGAUGCUGCUGGGAUGUGAAGUUGAUGAUAAAGAUGACGAUAUCCUUCUCAAUCUUGUGGGGUGUGAAAAUUCUCUUAAUGAAGGAGAAGAUGGUGUAAACUGGUUCAUCAGUGACAAAGACAUUGAGGCACAGAUAGGUAAAAAAAGAACAUCUGGAAGAUGGACCCACCGAUACUAUUCAGUCAACAAAAACGUUACCUGUAGAAAUUGUGACAAAUGUGGCCAUUUGUCAAAAAACUGCCCCUUUCCACAAAAAGUCCGCUCCUGUUGCCUCUGCUCCGAGAGAGGACACCUCCAGUAUGCCUGUCCGGCCCGCUUUUGCUUAGACUGUUCUUUGCCUAUGUCUUCUACUCACAGAUGUCUUGAAAGACCUUCCUGGAGAAAACGGUGUGACAGAUGUGAUAUGAUAGGCCACUAUGCUGAUGCUUGCCCAGAAAUCUGGAGGCAGUAUCACCUAACGACCAAACCUGGACCACCCAAAAAGCCAAAGACCCCUUCUGGACAAUCAGCCUUAGUGUAUUGCUACAACUGCGGGCAAGAAGGCCAUUACGGACAUGAAUGUACAGAAAGACGAAUGUUUAGCCAGACCUUUCCAACAUCUCCAUUCAUCUACUACUAUGAUGACAAAUACGAAAUCCGGGAGAGAGAUCAGAGAAUAAAACGAAAAGUGAAAGAACUUCAGAAGAAUGGGGACUUUCCAAGGCAGUUCAAGAGGCCUCAUAUGGAAGCAGCAGAUAAGAGGCCCCACCGUGAUAUGAGGAAGAGCCAUGCCUCAUGGAGAAGUAACACGUGGCCUCAAGAAAAGAAAGAAACCCAAAAAGAAGCCAUGAACAGGACCAGCAGAGAGCGUGAGAAGCACAGGAAGGCUGACAGGUGUCAUGAGGUGGAUGAGGACUACCCCAGGGGCCCCAGAGUCCACUCUUCUCCUGGCACUGUCAAAACCCAGAAGCCUCACAAGCCCUUUCACUACUCAUUGCAUUACCACAAGCCAAGAGAAGACAGGCUGCCCAGAGAGGGCAGGAGGGUCAGGCAUAAGAAAAAGGAGAGCUGUUUGGAGGAUGAUGGCAAUGAUAAUUUAUUUCUCAUUAAGCAGAGGAAAAAAAAGUCUAAGCUGUGAGUUAGCUUCUGAUUUGGCUUCCCAGUGUUUGGUCUUCAUGUCUACAACAUCCUGGCAAUAUUUGUAUUACCUAUGAUUAAAUAAAAUGAGGUUUUUGUUUUUGUUUUUUUAAUCUCAGCCAUACCUAGAGCUAUUGAACAAAGUCCUUGGAGAUCUCAGUUCUCUGUGUCCAACAGGUUAUUAGGUAAGAAAACAAAGAUAAAUUCGGACUUCCCCUGUUCCAGGACGUCAUUUUUAUUCACUCAGUACCCUAGGGAUAGGAAGAAUUAAUCUUUUCAUACAAAAAAAUUUUUUUAAUAUUUUGAAAAAAUAAAAAAGCUCAUUAAAUGUAUGCAGUGUAUGAAAAUUAAAUCCUUGCAAGAAGAUAAAUUAAUGCUAAUAUGAAAAAUUCAUCACUUUUUCAGCAUUCCUUUUUUUUUAAUAUCGGAAAGGAUAAUAACUAUAUAUCUAAAUCUGGCUUUUCUUGCUUCUGAAGCUGGUGUCAGAAUCUUACUUUGGUCAGCGUAUCACAGGCUGAAAAUGAGGGUGUCGUCAUUGAAGCACUGAAGAGACAGGGAAUUGGGUUUUAGAGCAAAAUACAAGUAAGGAAUCCAUCCAGAGUAAAUGUUGAGAAACAGAUUUCCUGAAACAAGUGAAAAGAGUCAUCAAAAAUUUUAACUUAAUCACAAGGAAGUCAUUUUUACCAUUUUUACAGCCAUACUUGAGGAAGACUGUCCCUCAGAUAUUUAAGAUGAAUAUCAUCCAACUUAAAAAAUUGUUUUGGGGGCUUCCCUGGUGGCACAGUGGUUGAGAGUCCGCCUGCCGAUGCAGGGGACACGGGUUCGUGCCCCGGUCCGGGAAGAUCCCACAUGCCGCGGAGCGGCUGGGCCCAUGAGCCAUGGCCGCUGAGCCUGCGCAUCCGGAGCCUGUGCUCUGCAACAGGAGAGGCCACAACAGAGAGAGGCCUGCGUACCACAAAAAAAAAAAAAAAAAAAAUUGUUCUCUUGGGUUUUUUAACUACCACAGAGUUACACAGAAGUUUUUAUACUUGUGAACCUUUUGUACUUAUCAGAGCCUAAUGUUAGAAUAAGAAAAAUAAAAUGUCUGAAAUAGAGUAAAUAAAUUUGUCUACUAUGUAAAAAGACAAUGAGAGUUUGAGUAGUCACAAAGGGUGUACUUGGGUUGGACAAGUAAGUAAAGUUAUAAAAUCUCUAUAAACUGGGGUCAAAUGCCCUUACUGUGCCCAAGCACUAGCUUUAUGCCAGAAUAAAAUGAGAUGGAGUAACAAAAUGUUUCUCCAUGUUCUCCAACAAUUGGAAUCUUA